AGAGCUGUUUGGUUUCGGAUAUAACAUAACUAAAACAACAUCUAUUUUUCAGUUUUGGUUUACUAAUUUAUCUGCACUAAUUUAAUUUUGGCACAUAACCACAAUUGCCACCUUCGGUUUAGUCUCAGAAAGUGAAAGCCAAUCAAACCAAUGAGAUGGGCAGCAAUUAAUUUACCUACCAAAACCUAUAAAUCUGAAAAAUUACAGAAAACUUUAACUGGAAGGUUAAAAACACCCAACCAGCAUCAGUCCCCAUAAAUACUCGUAGUCCUUCCCGCUUUCUCUCGUCCCUAUCCAAUACACAUCUCUCUCUCUCUUAUUAACUCAAUGACGGCGACUGCGUUUAGGGUCGGCUUGUGGUUGGCCGUUACGGCUUCCUUUCUCUUAACCGCAACAAACGCCAAAAUCCCCGGCGUUUACAGUGGCGGACCGUGGCAGAAUGCACACGCCACUUUCUACGGUGGCAGUGACGCCUCCGGCACAAUGGGCGGCGCGUGUGGGUACGGGAACUUGUACAGCCAAGGAUACGGUGUGAACACGGCGGCGUUGAGCACUGCUUUGUUCAACAACGGAUUCAGCUGUGGUGCUUGUUUUGAGAUUAAGUGUACUGAUGAUCCGAGAUGGUGUGUUCCGGGAAAUCCAUCUAUUCUUGUGACGGCGACGAACUUUUGUCCGCCGAAUUUUGCUCAGCCGAGUGACGACGGAGGGUGGUGCAAUCCGCCGCGCGAGCAUUUUGAUCUCGCCAUGCCUAUGUUCCUCAAGAUCGGUCUAUACCGUGCAGGCAUUGUCCCCGUCUCCUAUCGCAGGGUACCUUGUCGGAAGAUAGGAGGGAUAAGAUUCACAGUAAACGGAUUCAGAUACUUCAAUCUUGUUCUGGUAACUAACGUUGCCGGCGCCGGAGAUAUUAACGGAGUUAGCGUAAAGGGAUCAAAGACAGAUUGGGUGAGGAUGAGUCGGAACUGGGGACAGAACUGGCAAUCCAACGCCGUUCUCAUCGGCCAAUCACUCUCUUUCCGAGUCACCGCCUCUGACCGACGUUCUUCUACCUCAUGGAACGUUGCUCCUGCCACGUGGCAGUUUGGUCAGACUUUCUCCGGCAAAAACUUUCGAGUCUGAAAUCUGAAAAACCACCCAAAAGAUGUUUUUUAAUUUUAUUUUUUACAAUGGAAGAAGACACAAACAAGAAGAGAGAUGAGACAUUUUCCAGCCCUGGGUUUUCCCUUUAAUUUUCUUGGGAAUAUUCCGGUGGCUUGUGGAAAAUAUUUCCGUUUUUAGUAUUAUUAUCAGCAAAAUUUCUUUUAAUCUUUGCGAUUUACGAGUGAUUUGUUUUUCUCUUGGUUAUUUUGUUCCUUUAAUUAUUUCGUUGGUGGCAUCUUCGUUCUGCUAAUAAGCCAAAGAGUGUCGAACAGUCAGUGAUCGAGUCGAAUGGACCGUGUAAUGGGCCAUUGGGCCAAGUUUUCUUGAUAUAAAAUCUGAAAUACUACUAAAUUACAAUUUUUCUUAAACUCGAUUUCAUAAUUCAUGUGGGACUCAGUUCUCCGCGUCUUAUGACUUAAGAGUUAAGAGUAAAGACAAUUGAUUGUAGUUUGCAUUAUUAAGGUUGUGAUUUUAAAGGCUAUAUUGGCCCAGGCAAAGUGGUUAUGAAAGUUAAAAGGUAUUAUUAAAUGUCG